GAUUCGGCCGUGGUGGUUCAACUAGGCAUGGAAAUUCGUCAGAUGCUGACAACGGUUCUUCAAAUUGGGGUCAAUACUCAGAAUUUGGCCGCGGAGGUCGCGGUGGGUCUUCAAAUUGGGACUCAUCCAUUUCAAACAGAGGAGUUCCUGGCUCCAAUAGAGGUUCAUCAGGAUCUUAUUCUAGAUUUUCUAAGAAUUCCGAAGGAUAUAGUAACAGUAAUACAUUCCAACAAAAUAUAUCAAAUCGAUCUACCAUCAACCAAUCAAGAUUAUAUAGUGAUCAAAAAGAAAUAAAAAGAUCAUCACGGUUUGAUGUUCCACCCUCACCCCCCUCCUCUUCAUUUCCACUCCCUCCCCCCUCAUCGUCUUAUCCUACCCCUCUGCCCUCCUUAUCUUACCCACCCCCUCCUCCUCCCGCCUCCGCACCACCACCGCCCUUUCCCCGUUUACCUCCUUCAACAGGUUCUUCCUACCCUCCUCCACCUCAAUUUUCGAACUUGAAUGGAAGAGUGUCAACUGUAAGGAUUGAGAGUAAAGCGGAGAUUAAAUCGGAGGGGAGAGGGGUAAAACGGGAACAGUCUUUCACUCAAGCACUCAGGGAGGUUAAAGCUGAUUCUAAAAAGGAUUCCAACUCCUGGCAAUCUGAAUACGAAGCCAAGAAGAGAGCAAGGAUGGCCGGGAAAAUGUAGUAAAAUAUCUAGUUGGCCGGCGAAAUGGCCGAUUUUCCUGACCCCGGAGGGUUAGUGAUUAUGAAUCAACUUAAUCGAUCUCAUGAUUUAAUUAUUUCUAGAAGAUAUAUGUAAUGUAUGAUUGUAUCGGGUGUAAUGAAUGUAGACUAUUACGUAUUUUUGCUCUGUGGGUGGGUACUGUGUAUGAAAUGAAAAAGAAACGAAAUUAUAAAUGUUAUUAAACUCUGCCUCAACUUUUAGUGUGGUGAAAAUGAAUGAAUAAUAUUUGGAAUUGUUGAGGGAAAGGUCAACUCCCCCACCCCAUACUUUUUCUACACUAAAGGGGGAGAGAUAUAUGAUAAAUUUUACAGUUGCACAGUUGAGUAAAAAGCAGACCUUGGAAUUUGAAAAUUUCUCACUAAAUUUUAUAUGUAAAUAACCACAGCUUGUAUUUUAAUCAAAAUUUUGAUAAACAAUGAUUCAUGCAGAAUUAUUUCUUCAGAAAAUAUGAAAAUCUAGUUUUCUUGAAGGCUUUGACGAUGGAUCGAUUCAUGGAGAAGGGUGUUUCUCAAAAUAAACGAGCUCGCCAGCUAUCGAUAGCUAGGGAUCAACUUCCAACAGCUGAGCAAGAUGACCGGUCAGCAAAGAAGCCUCGUGAACACAAUCUCAACCUGCAAACAGAUAUCAGUUCUUUCAACGCAUCUUUCAAUCUUUCAACCCCCUCUUCAAUAGCCUCUUCAGUACCCUCUUCAGUACCCUCUUCAGUACCCUCUUCAAUACCCUCUUCAAUAGCCUCUUCAGUACCCUCUUCAAUACCCUCUUCAAUACCCUCUUCAGUACCCUCUUCAUUACCUUCAAACCUGGGCGCAUCAGAAGAAUCUUGGAGUGACAUGCCAUUAUCUGGGAAUGUCUCCGACCAGCGAGAUUCAAGUUCGCGGGGUGAUACUCCAACAUCCAGUGAAACCAAUGGUGGUUCUUCUUUGCCACUAACUGAAGACUGCAAUAUAGGAAAUGAGAGUGACAGUGACCUUGAUUACGACGACCUGGACGAUCUAGUGGUUCCUAGUGAUGCUGACGACUUCCUCGAUGACGAUGAUGGUGGCGCUGAUGAUGAUGGAGAAGAUGAUCAUAGUGUUGCUUCAACUGCAACUACAGCUUCGACAGGAUCUGUUGGAUCUAACACACCCUCAGUAGUUGGCGAAAGCUUGGAGAAUUUCUCUCUUGGAGAAUCUAAGAAAAUUGCUAGUUGGGUCAGCCUGGCUCCUAACCUUACAGAUUCACCUGCUCUUAGGAGUUCUUUGUUCUCGAAUAUACCUCCUACAGUAAACUUUAUGUUACACAAUGAAACCUCAGCUCAUCAGCUCCCCGACGAUAUCAAACGACUGUUAAAAUGGCGACUUUCGAACAUAACCCCAGCGAUUGUCAAGAGGUGCGCCAGUAAUUCAGGAUUCCGUUUAAUGCGACGAACUUGUCUUGACUGGGGAGCAACUUGGGGAAAACAUAUGAAAUCUACAUUAUUCAAGGAUAUAAAGGAUAAUCAAAAACUGAACCAUUUUCCUGGAACUUUUAACAUUGGAAGAAAAGACCGACUUUGGAAAAACUACCAUAGACUGAUGUUGAAGUUUGGUAAAUCUGAGUUUGGAUUUCUACCAAGAACCUUUGUUCUUCCAGCAGAUACUAAGCUUCUGAAAAAGGUCUGGGAGAGACGAGGUGGACGAGGACGAUGGAUUGUGAAACCCCCUGCCCUGGCCCGAGGUAUUGGUAUCAGUGUGGUCAACAAGUUCUCAAGCAUACCAAAGAACAAGCCCCUGGUGGUGCAAAGGUAUAUUGCUCGACCGUACCUGAUAAAUGGAACAAAGUUCGAUCUGCGUCUCUACCUCCUUGUAACGAGUAUAAACCCCUUGAGGCUCUACCUUUAUGACGAUGGCCUUGUCAGGUUUGCGUCGAAUAAGUACAGUAAUGACAGUAGUAGUGUUGGUGAUGUUUACAUGCAUCUCACAAACUACAGCAUCAACAAGAAUUCAGCAACUUAUUCACAAAAUGAAGACAGUUCAUCGUGUCAGGGGCAUAAAUGGACACUGAAAACUCUUUGGCGCCAUUUUGACGAACAAGGGAUUGACCACACGGUUGUCUGGGAGAAGAUCAAGGAUCUGAUGAUCAAAACGAUCAUCUCAGCCGAGGGAUCCAUGGCAAGCUUGUUCCAGCAGAAUGUUGGUAGCAGGUAUUCCUGUUAUGAACUAUUCGGAUUCGAUAUUCUUCUUGACUCAAAGCUGAAGCCAUGGCUAAUCGAGGUUAAUAUCUCUCCAAGUCUUCAUUCUUCCAGUAGUUUAGACCUGGAUGUCAAGUCCCCCCUGGCUACAGAGGUUCUUAACAUGGCAAGAUACAAUAUACCAAACCGGAUACGAAUGCCACAACAGCGUGAGUUGGCUGAGAAGUUGGGGUAUAAAAACCUCCUAAUGCUGUGCCAGGAGAAACGUCUUUAUGUCACAGAUAUCUCCAAGGUUGAGAGGAUUAAACAUGAUUCAGUUGUUUCUUCUUUCCAGGAGUGUAAGGGUAGUGUAGCCCCACCCUCUAUCCUUGAUACUCUAACUCCAGAUGAUACAAGACAACUUGUUAUUUCAGAGGAUGAACUAGCAACCAGUAGAAGGUUUCAGCGGAUAUUUCCCACAUCAGAUACACACAGAUAUUUUAAAUACUUUGACAAACCCCGGUACUACAAUCUUCUACUUCAUGCGUGGGAACGCAAGUACUCUGGGUUGGAACGAGAGACCGGAAGAGCAGUUCUAGAAAAGCUUUGUCUUGCAAAACAUCAUCUGAAAGUUCCUGCAAAUGUUUACGUCAAGAAAACAUCUUCCGGACAACAGGCUAUUGAUAUUUCUGGGCUAGCAGCUCCAAGUGCCGAAUCUGAACAAAAGACUGAAUCCCUUGUUGAACCUGACACACUAAAAAGUACUGGCCUGCUUGAGACUGGACUAUUAAGAGUUGACGAUGGAAGACGAUUUUCAUCUGGAUCUGAGAUGGAUUGUGGAUCAGUAACUCCUUCACCACGUGGAACCCCGGAGCACUCUCAGCUUGCGGAAUUUUUGGCGGGGAACUCAGGGUUUGACGAAAUUUUAGCUGGAAAUGCGCCGGGUAGCGAAGUUCAUGUUAAAAACGUGACAAAUGAGAGAAAUGACAAUUUGCUGGAAAAUCCACAGAAAACCAUGACGGGUCAACUAAACUGUGACGUUAGUACAGAAGAGAUGAGCACACUGGACAAUAGAACAACCUCUAAUAAUCUCAUUAUUGACAACUAGGGAGGCCUCUACGGACUAAUAGGGAUCCUCCAUGGAUUCUAAGGAUUCAUCAACUAUGCAUAUAUGCAUGAAAUUGAGCACUAAAUAUUUUUAUCUUCACACUAAACAGAUAUGUUUUAUAUGAUAUUGACCUUAAAUACUCAUUUUUUUCAUUAUCAAGAAUGCGAAUCAUUUCAGA